CUGGACUUUUGUAGGCACUGAGCCACUGUUCGCUUUUUCCUUUGCGGAACACCAGCGCUUUGCCGCGCAACGGGUCGCGGACGCACACCACGCGGACGCCGUCGUGGACGCCAUGCCGCUGGGCAUCAAUCUCUUCGGCUCCGGCCACACGGAAGAAGCACAGAAGGAGUCCGCCAAGGAGAUGGUCCGGGACUGGCAGCGGAAGCUGCGCUCCGAGGUCCGUGGUGUGGACCGCAGCAUCAGGAAGAUUGAACAGGAAGAAGACAAGAUCAGAGGAGAGAUCAAGGCGAUGGCCAGCAAGGGAGGUGAUCCCAAGAGUGUUCAGAUGCUGGCCAAGUCGCUGGUCCGAUCCAGUAAGGCCAAGGCGCGGCUGUACACGUCGAGAUCCAUCAUGCAAUCUGCGGCGGCCGAGCUGGAGACGACCGCCGCCACGAUGCGCUUGUCCGACUCCAUGAGCAAAUCCACCGAGGUCAUGAAGCAGAUGAACUCCCUGGUCCGCAUCCCCGAGAUGGAGGAGUCGAUCAGCUCGAUGAAGCGGGAGAUGAUGCGCGCGGGGUUGAUCGAAGAGAUGAUGGACGAAGGGAUGGAAGAUCUGGAUGGGCCUGAGAUGGAAGAAGAGGCGGAAGCCGAGGUGGACAAAGUCUUGGAAGAUUUGGCCGUGGAUGCCUCACUGCGAAUGGCCAUUCGACCGCAGGCGGCCACCGCCACGGCCGAAGCUGCGGGCGCCCAGUCGGUGGCCGCGUUGGGGGCGCCCAGGAGACCAGUCGUUGGUUGACAGCCUUUGAAGACCCUCAAAACUAGAUGGGCUUGCGGCUUCCGGGUAAUUAGAGACCUACCUCUCUCUCUCUCUUGCAGCAAGUUCUGGGAAUAAUUUUUUGAGUAAUGUCAGUCCUCUUAUGACAAACGUACAUCGUCAAAACCAAAACAAACAUGACCAACAAUUUGGGUUUCGACUGGUUGGUUUUAGAUGGGUUUUGGUCCACCUGUCCCAUGAGAUCUCAAACAUGUAGAUCUCACGAGUCUUUGUGCGAUUUUUCAGAUCGCCUGAGAUAGCUUGUGAUAGCUUGUUGGAUCAGAUCACCUGCAGUCCAAGAACCUUAGCACCGCGUGGGUCCUCGCCCCUCCCGUAUCGCGCCGGAUCUGCGCCGAUCGCCGGGUCGCGCGAGGCCGCAGCGUGCGGUCGCAGCCUCCGGCGGUUAUGCUUAGAAGGCCUUUGGGAGGUCGCGUCUCGCAGCCUCUCCUCCUCCCCUCUCCGCCCGAACUCACGAAAAACUCGUUCAACCCAAUCCGGACGGGUUGGAAGGAAAGGGCGGACGGCGGUUGCGCCACAACGAAACGAACACUGGCCGGGUGCUUUCAGUGAAACUGAAGCACUGGCUCGAACACCGAAGCCAGCCAAAACGGUCAGCCGGAAGAAAAACCGCC